AUGUCCCAUUUACAAACUCUCUCGUCAUUACGACAAAAGUUUGGUUUCAAAGCACCAGAGGUUGCAGUAGAUCAUUUGAUUAUUGGUGGUGGUGUGAUAGGAUUAGCAAUAGGACAUUACCUCACUAGAUCAUUUCCGAAUAAAUCUAGUUAUUUACUUGAGCGUCAUAGUCAAGUAGGGCAAGAAACAAGCUCACGAAAUAGUGAGGUGAUUCAUGCGGGAUUAUAUUAUCCAUUAGAUUCUUUAAAAACAAGUUUAUGUUUAAGAGGUAGAAAACUUUUAUAUGAUUUUUGUCAUUCUCAUUCGAUUCCAUAUCAAAAACUUGGAAAAUUGAUCAUUUCGAAAUCAAAGUUUGAAGAAGAAUACCUAAAAUCACUUUACACUAAAUCUCAACACAUCAACAAUAAUCAAGUUUUACAACGUCAAGUUUAUUUUAAUGAUCUCUCUGGAACCCAUCAUUUACCAAUACUACCGAUUAAACUGUUGAACCGAUCUGAAGUUUUAGAUUUAGAACCUGAUCUUACUCAUCAACUUGGAAAUUGUUUACUUAGUCCUGAAACUGGAAUCAUAGACUCACAUUCUUUAAUGAGUACAUUGGAAAACCUAAUUGAUCAAUGUGAUAAUGGAGCAAUCGUGUUAAAUACAAGUGUGGUUAGAAUUGAUAAAGCGAAAUCUAAUUCAGGUUGGAUCGUUCAAACUAAAACAACGAAUCCACAAGGUAUGGAUGAAAUUAAUAGCGUGUUAGCAAGAUGUGUGAUUAAUUGUGCUGGAUUAAAUGCUCAUAAUCAUUAUAAUCAAAUACUCAAGGAUCAAUCUAAUCAAUUGCGUUUAAGUUUUUGUAAAGGAAAUUAUUAUUCAUAUACAUCAAAAAUAGGUGUAGGUUCAAUAAACCAUUUAAUAUAUCCAACCCCAAGUUUUAAUCCCAAUGGAAAAACUUUUGCAGGUUUAGGUACUCAUUUAACAUUAGAUUUGAAUCAUAAAAUCAAAUUUGGACCAGAUGUAGAAUGGUUAGAAACUCCAACUGAUGUUAUGAAUUCAACUGAUGGAAGUCAAAGUGUUGAAGAAAUUCAAGAUUUUUGGGUAUCAAAUCUUUCACCUAAUUGUAAUAGAUUAGAAGAAGUUUUUCAUUCGGUUAAAUCUUAUUUACCCAAGGUCGAAUUAGAUCAUUUUACUCCUGAUUAUUCAGGUAUAAGACCUAAAUUAAAGGGACUCAAUGAAACCCAAAACCAAAUCAAUCGAUCAAUUUUAAAGAUCGAAAAUCAAAAACAAGAUUUAUUAGAAGACUUUUUGAUAAAUCAAAGUGAUUCUGGAUUUUAUAAUUUGUUAGGGAUCGAAUCACCUGGUUUAACUUCUUCUUUGUCUAUUGCCGAAUAUCUGACUAAAUCGAUUCAAAAGGAUUUUUGGGGAUUAGAUUUUAGAAAGAAAGGGAAUUCGAGAGUUAGUGAAAUUGGUGAAAUCGAUGCUUGGGGAUAA